GGGUGAAAUCCCCGGAAUUCCGGGUGCUUUUCCUUGGAACAGGGCUGGAAUCCCCGGAAUUCCGGGUCCUUUUUCUGGGGCUGGAAUCCCCGAAUUCCGGGUCCUUUUUCUGGGGCUGGAAUCCCAGGAAUUCCGGGUCCUUUUCCCGCCGUUCCGCGGCUCUGUGAGUGUCCCCGGGCGCUCUGUGACAUCAGCCCCGGGCGGCGGGGACAGCAGGGGACAGCAGGGGACAGCAGGGGACCCGCCGGGCUCUGUCCCGCUGUCCCCGCCAUGGCUCCGCUGUGGCUCCUCGUCCUGCUGGCCCUGGCCGUGCCCUCCCGGGCCACCUGGGACACCUGCGAGUAGGUGACCCCCGCCCGCAGCUGGGGGUCCCCGAGGGUCCCCCGAGGGUGUCCCGGGGUCACCGCAGCUGCCCGGACCCCACGGGAGGGUCACGGCCCCGCGCCCGCGCCGGGCUGUGGCACCGGAAAGGGACAGGUGUGGCCCCACAGGGGGGGUCCCUGCCCCCAUUUUGGGGGUCCUUGUCACCGUGUCGGGGGUCCCUGCCCCCAUUUUGGGGGUCAUUGCCCACAUUUUGGGGGUCCCUGUCCCCAUAUCAGGGUGUCACAGCCCGGUGCUGGCACAGCUGGUCAGGGACAGCCAGGGGGGACAGCCACGUCCCUGGGGGUGUCCCUGUGUCGGGUGUCCCUGUCCCCGUGUUCCUGUGUCCCUGUCCUCAUAUCGCGGCCCUUGUCCCUGUCCCCGUCGCUGUCCCUGUGUCCCCCUGUCCCCGUCCCUGUCCCCCUGUCCCCGUCCCUGUCCCUUUGUCCCCAUCCCUGUCCCCGUCCCUGGUCCCCUGUCCCUAUCCCUGUCCCCCUGUCCCUGUCGGUGUCCCUUUGUCCCCAUCCCCGUCCCUGUCCCGGUCCCUGUCCCUGUCCCGUCCCUGUCCCCUGCGGUGACCCUGUCGCUCCCAGCGGUACCUGCGGGCUCCGCCCCAUGGCCGAGGAGUUCGGGUUCGGUUCCGGGGCCGUGCCCGGGGUGUGGCCGGGGCUCGCCAGCAUCCAGGACCCGCGCCGGGCCGGCAGCGGCCACGUCUGCGCCGGGACCCUCAUCGACCCCGCCUGGGUGCUGACGGCAGCGCGCUGCUUCCUGCGCGCCAGGUGAGCGGGACGGCGGCCCGGGAGCACCGGGAGAACCGGGAUGGCCCCGGGAUGGCCCCGGGGAGCUCCGGGAUCCCCCGGGAUCCUACGGGGAGCUCCGGGAUCAUGGGAUGCUCCGGGACGCUUUGGGAAUCUCUAGGGAGCUCUGGGAUGGCUCUGGGAUUCUUCGAGAUGCUCCGGGAUGGCCGCGGGAUCCUACAGGGAACUCCAGGAUCAUCUGGGAUGCUCUGGGAAGCUCCGGGAGGCUCCGGGACAUUCCGGGCUGGCCCCGGCUGUGGCUCCAGGGAGCUCCGAGAUCCUCUGGGAUGGCCCCGGGAUCCUACAGGGAUGCUCCGGGAUGCUUUGGGAAUCUCCGGGAUGCUCUGGGACACCCCGGGCUGGCCCUGGGAUGGCUCUGGGGAGCUCCGAGAUGGCCCCGGGGUAGCCCGGGGAUGCUCCAGGACCUCCAGGAUCCCCCGGGAUGUUCCGGGGCGCUUUGGGAAUCUCUGGAAUGCCCCGGGAAGCUCCGGGACACCCCGGCCGGGUCCCCCCCCGCUCCCGUCACUCUCCCGCGUGUCCCCAGGAACGUCAGCGCGUGGCGGGUGGUGCUGGGCGCCUGGGACCUGAGCGACCCCGGGCCCGAGGUGCAGGUGCGGCAGGUGCGGCGGCUGCGGCGGCACCGAGCGCUGGACGUGGCGCUGCUGCAGCUGCGGCGGCCGGCGGAGUGCAGCGACUUCGUGCAGCUGGGCUGCGUCAGCGGCGCGGCGCCGGGAGCGCGGCUGGAGCCCUGCUACAUCGGCGGCUGGGGGGCCGCAGGUGUGCCGCCGAACGCGCGGGAGGUGCUGCGGGAGGCGCAGGUGCGGCUGCUCCAGCCCGAGCUCUGCAACGGCACCGAGGCCGCGGCUUCUCCCCAGGUGUGCGCGGAGCACUCGGGGGGCGGCGCCGGCGCCUGCCAGGGGGACGCCGGGGGUCCCCUGGUCUGCCGGGACGGCGGCUCCGAGCGCUUCUGGCUCGUGGGCGUCACCAGCGGCGGCCGCGGCUGCGUCUUCACCCCCGCCUGGCACUUCCGCGAGUGGGUCCUGCAGACCCUGCAGACCCCCGCGACCACCCCCGCCACCACCGCGACCACCGCGACCACCCCCGGGCGCGGCCGGAGCCCCGGGAGCGGCCGGGAGCGGCGGCUGAAGCCGGUGCUGCUGCAGUUCUUCUCGGUGCUGCGGGACCUGCUGCAUUUCCUGCGGGACCGCGCGGGCUGAGCCGGGCCGGGAUGGACUGCCCGGUGUCCGGAGCCUCGGCCGGACAUUCCCGGGGUCUGUCCGGAGCCCUGGAUGGAUAUUCCCGGUGUCCGGAGCCCUCGCCGGACGUUCCCGGUGUCCGGAGUCUGGAGCCCUGGAUGAGCAUUCCCGGUGUCCAGAGCCCUGGCCGGACAUUCCCGGUGUUUGGGGCUCUGGCCGGACAUUCCCAGUGUCCAGAGCCCUGUCCCCCCCUCCCGGGUUGGAAUAAAUAUUGUGUUGG